ACAGGCACCAUGGCGAUGCGAGCAGCUACAGCGGCGGCGACAGGCUUCUUCUCUCCAUCCACCGUCCCUCCGAGGCGCUUCUCGUCCGUUACACCGCCGGCGUCACUCUGCACCGCGCGCUGCAUCCAGCGUCACCGUCUCCGCGCCUUCCCAAGCUUGGAAAUACCUCUAGAGGAACUCAACCCAUCCGUCGAUCUACUUAGGAGAACUGCGGAGGCCGUUGGCGAUUUCAGGAAAACGCCAAUCUAUAUUGUUGGUACGGAUUGCACAGCCAAGCGCAACAUCGCCAAGCUGCUUGCGAAUUCCAUAAUAUACCGCUACCUCAGCAGUGAGGAACUGCUUGAGGAUGUUCUUGGUGGCAAGGACGCCCUCAGAGCCUUCAAGGAAUCUGAUGAGAAGGGUUAUCUUGAAGUCGAGACCGAAGGGUUAAAGCAGCUCACGUCCAUGGGUAGCCUUGUACUGUGCUGUGGAGAUGGCGCCGUUAUGAACUCAACCAAUCUAGGGCUGCUGAGGCAUGGUGUCUCCAUUUGGAUUGAUGUUCCUCUUGAAAUGGCAGCAAAUGACAUGUUGAAGAGCACGGGAACACAAGCUACUACAGAUCCAGACUCUUUUUCUCAGGCGAUGAGCAAGCUCCGUCAGCGGUAUGAUGAACUGAAAGAGCGCUAUGGGGUUUCUGAUAUUACUGUUUCAGUACAAAAUGUGGCUUCUCAGCGGGGGUACAGUAGCAUUGACUUGGUGACGCUUGAGGACAUGGUCCUUGAAAUCGUGAGGCAAAUCGAGAAGCUGAUCCGUGCAAAGGAGAUGAUGGAAGCUGCAGGGAAGCCAUUCUAAACAAGAUACACAUACACAAUAGUUCUGCUCCGGCAUACCUAUUUUCUGGCCAGUUACCAGACCUCCGAUGCUUCGCUGUUCAAGAAACCGAUUGCAGUUGCCUACGGCUCAAAGCACAAGCGCGUGAAAUCUAAGGAACUGAAUCUGGUUGUUCCACUCGAAUAUGCUUAUAUUGUAUUGCAAGAUCACUUGCCAAUUGAUAGUGCAAAAAAUGCAUUUUGUAGUUUGGAUUCUCUAGUAUUGACUUUAAUCCAUAUGUAUUGAAGUAGAUUGGAGUGUAACUUAAACUAAUUUACACACUAAUUUACCUUAACAUAUGUGGAUUAGGAUUAA